AGGUGAACAGAGGCACAUAAGCAGAAAUGGAAGGUAAAAUCCAACUGCUUGUGCUGCUUUUGUCAGUGAUGAGUGGAGCGGCUGACAACGAUCUAGGAACUCUUUAUCCGAUAGAUGGGACUGAAGACUCUCGAUCAAAUGAAGGAAAUUCACCAAGGAUUUCCCUGGAAAGACCUUUCGUCUAUUUUGGACGGAUGUACAAUGACACUUAUAUUAAUCACAAUGGAUUCCUAACAUUUGACGACUCAAUGUCAGAAUACUUACCUAAAAGGUUCCCACACAAUCCGAAAUCAGACAUUAUUGCUCCAUUGUGGACAGAUUUGGACAACAGUAAAACUGGUCAUAUAUAUUACAACCAAUACACCAGUGGCAGUGUUCUCCAGCAGGCUACACAGGACAUUAAUUCCUACUUCCCAGACAUCAAGUUCACUGCCACUUGGGUCUUUGUGGCAACAUGGCAUGAGGUGGCCUACUACCCAACUACAGGAACAAGGACAACUUUCCAGGCGGUGUUAAUCUCUGGAGGCCAGUCCUCAUUUGUGCUUAUGAACUACGACAUAAUUGCCGAGAGUUCUCAUGAUGUACAGGCUGGCUAUGAUACAAUAAACUCCAAGUACUAUUUCUCUAUCCCCGGAUCAUUCACUAAUAAUGCAACAGGCGAUGACUCUGUUAUCCGCAACAGCAGCAAUGUCGACGUACCUGGUCGUUGGGCCUUUCGGGUCAAUUAUGAUUCAGAAAGCUACACUUUCAAUGGACCUCUUUAUCCGAUACAUGGGACCACAGGCCCUCGAACAGAUGAUGGAAGUUCAAGGAUUUCCCUGGAAAGACCUUUCAUCUAUUUUGGACGGACGUACAAUGACACUUAUGUUAAUCACAAUGGAUUCCUAACAUUUGACGACUCAAUGUCAGAAUACUUACCUGAAAGUUUCCCACACAAUCCAAAAUCAGACAUUAUUGCUCCAUUGUGGACAGAUUUGGACAACAGUGAAACUGGUCAUAUAUAUUACAACCAAUACACCAGUGGCAGUGUUCUCCAGCAGGCUACACAGGACAUUAAUUCCUACUUCCCAGACAUCAAGUUCAGUGCCACUUGGGUCUUUGUGGCAACAUGGUAUGAGGUGGCCUACUACCCAACUACAGGAACAAGGACAACUUUCCAGGCGGUGUUAAUCUCUGGUGGCCAAUCCUCAUUUGUGCUUAUGAACUACGACAUAAUUGCCAAGAGUUCUCAUGAUGUACAGGCUGGCUAUGAUACAAUAAACUCCAAGUACUAUUUCUCUAUCCCCGGAUCAUUCACUAAUGCUACAACAGGCGAUGACUCUGUUAUCCGCAACAGCAGCAAUGUCGACGUACCUGGUCGUUGGGCCUUUCGGGUCGAUUAUGAUUCAACAAGCUACACUUUCAAUGGACCUCUUUAUCCGAUACAUGGGACCACAAGCCACCGAACAGAUGAUGGAAGUUCACCAAAGAUUUCCCUGGAAAGACCUUUCGUCUAUUUUGGACGGACGUACAAUGACACUUAUGUUAAUCACAAUGGACUCCUAACAUUUGACCGCUCAAACUCAAUAUACUUACCUGAACCGUUCCCACGAUAUGCAGCGGCAGACAUUAUUGCUCCAUUGUGGACAGAUUUGGACAACAGUGAAAGUGGUCAUAUAUUCUACAACCAAUACACCAGUGGCAGCGUUCUCCAGCAGGCUACACAGGACAUUAAUUCCUACUUCCCAGACAUCAAGUUCAGUGCCACUUGGGUCUUUGUGGCAACAUGGUAUGAGGUGGCCUACUACCCAACUACAGGAACAAGGACAACUUUCCAGGCGGUGUUAAUCUCUGGAGGCCAGGCCUCAUUUGUGCUUAUGAACUACGACAUAAUUGCCAAGAGUUCUCAUGAUGUACAGGCUGGCUAUGAUACAACAGACUCCGCGCACCAUUUCUCUAUUCCCGGAUCAUUCUCUAAUGCUGCAACAGGCGAUGACUCUGUUUUCCCCCGCACCAGCAACGUCAACGUACCUGGUCGUUGGGCCUUUCAGACUGACCAUGGUCCAAAAGGCUGCACUUUCAAUGGGCAACCUGUGCAGCUGGGGUAUUCCUUCUGGAGUGACAACAAGUGUGCAGAGAAGUGCACCUGCACCUCAUCAGGCCUGCAGUGUUCCAACGAGCCCUGCUCCUUUUCCCAAAUAUGCCAGGAAACUUCCUUUUAUUUCUCCUGCAACACAGUGUCGAGACGCAUCUGCACCAUCAGUGGUGAUCCACAUUACUACACCUUCGAUAAUGCAGUGUUUCGCUUUCAGGGCACCUGCACUUACGUUCUUUCAGAACAGUGUAAGAAUGACCUGCCCUAUUUUAGAGUAGAGGGUAAGAACGAACACCGAGGCAGCACAGAUUUUUCUUGGACGCGACAGGUGAAGGUGUAUGUCUAUGAUGAAACCAUUGAGCUUGUCAAAGGACAUCCUGGUAAAGCUAAGGUUAAUGGAAUCUUUUCAUCCACUCCAUUCUUCCUCAAUAACAACACAGUCCAUGUUUAUGAGUCAGGUUUUACUGUGACUGUCAGCACUGACUUUGGCCUGAUGGUAUCAUACGACGCAAACCAUUAUGUCCGGAUCAGCCUGCCCUACUCUUACCAGAAUGCAACAUGCGGCCUCUGUGGAGACUUCGACGAUAACCCUGAUGAUGAUCUCAGAACCCGUGAGGGAGAGGUUGUGAGCUCUGAUCUGGAUUUUACCAACAGCUGGAAAGCAGCUGGUGAUGAUGAACCUGGUUGUGAGGCCCAGUGUGCAGGUCUGGACUGUGCUGCCUGUUCUGCAGAUGAAACAGCAUUAUACAGCGAUGAUGCCCACUGUGGUAUCCUGCGGAACAGUUCUGGACCCUUUGCUGCAGGUCACCAACAGCUUCCCCCUCAAAAAUUUAUGGAAAGUUGUAUUUUUGAUCUGUGUGCUGGUGGAGGGUACCAGCCCAUUCUCUGCCAAGCCUUAAAUGUGUACACAACUGAGUGUCAGCAAAAUGGUGUCCAACUACCAAGCUGGAGGAGACCUGGCUUCUGUGAAAUCCCCUGCCCAGCUAACAGCCACUUUGAGUCCCAAGCCUCAGGAUGUCCACCCACCUGUGUCAACCCGAAUUCUGCCUACAACUGUCCGCUCCCUGAUCUGGAGAGCUGUGUCUGUAAUGAAGGCUACAUCCUCAGUGGUGGUGUCUGUGUCCCUAAUGAUGAGUGUGGCUGCAGCUUUGAGGGUCGCUACUGUAGCUCUGGGGAGACAGUCAUACUAGAUGAGGACUGUGGGAGGCAAUGUAGCUGCAGUUAUGGCUCCAUGACAUGCAAUUCACAUGGUUGCGGCCCACAUGAAUCAUGCCUAGUAGUGGAUGGAGAAAGAGGAUGCAGACCCAACAACUAUGCUACAUGCUUGAUUAGAGGCCCUGGGUCAUAUCAAACAUUUGAUGGAGUGAAAUACCAAUAUCCUGGGGCUUGUCGACUGACCCUUACCAAAGUGAUGGAAUUGGCAGAUCACCCGCACUUUAUGGUGACUGCAGAGAAAGUCCCCAGAGGGCAAGAGGGUUUUGCACGCGUCCUGAAGUUUGAGGCAGAGGGGACACAAGUCUCCAUUGAGAUGGCAAAAAGCAGCAUAAUUAAGGUUGAUGGUGAGCUGGUCAGCCUACCCUACAGCUCUGGGUCCACCCGUAUCAGCAUUUACCAAAGCAGUGUUUUCAGUGUCAUCCUUCACACAGCCUUUGGUGUAACUGUGCAGACAGUCUGGCCUCACUUUGUGCGUGUCACUGCACCUGCUGUCUACGACAGCUCACUUGGUGGACUCUGUGGAAACUACAAUGGUUACCCGAAAGAUGACUUCCUUACACCCAAUGGCGCUCUGGUCAACAGUUCUCAGGAGUUUGGGGACAGUUGGCGAGAUGGUUCCCUCGUUGCUCACUGUGCGGAAAGUGUGAACGAUAACCCAUCAGUCAAUUUCAAUUCUAAUGAGUUCUGUGGCAUUCUCAGCUCACAAGAUGGACCAUUUACAUCUUGUUUCGGUGUGGUGGACCCACAGGAGCAGGUGGAUGUGUGUUCGGAUAUCCUCAGGGGCUCUAAAGAUCCUGCAUCAACACUGUGUGAGGUUCUUCGCGAUUAUGCGCUAAUGUGUCAAGAGAAGGGUGUUUCCUUGGGACCGUGGAGGGAUUCAACUGGCUGUGAGCUAGCCUGUCCUUCAAACAGUCAUUAUGAACUCUGUGGGACCACUUGUCCUUCUGCCUGCCCGAGCCUCUCCUCCCCCUUCACCUGUGACACUCCGUGUCAGGAUGGGUGCCAGUGUGAUGACGGCUUUGUCCUCAAUGGAGACCAGUGUGUACCACCAACAUCUUGUGGAUGCUACCACCAAGGACGCUAUCGGCAAAGUGGGGAACAGUUCUGGGAUGAUGAAGAGUGUCAGAGCUUGUGCACCUGUAAUGGUAUGACUGCUGCAGUCCAUUGUGUCCCGGACUCCUGUGGUCCUCAGGAGUCGUGCCGUGUGGUGGAGGGUAAGUUUGGAUGCCAUCCCAACCCUCAUGGCACCUGCUCGGCCUCCGGAGAUCCUCACUACGUUACUUUUGAUGGCCAGGCCUACAACUUCCAGGGAACCUGUCGCUAUGUUUUGGCAGCGGUUUGUAAUGCCCUUGAUGAAGUCCAAAAUUUUUCUGUGGAAGCUAAGAAUGAACCGUGGAAUGGGUUGCAAGUUUCUGUCACAGCUGAAGUCUUUGUUGAUGUGUUGGGCUACCAAGUGCAUAUGUCUAGAAACCUCCCGGGUAUGGUAAAGGUAAAUGGAAUAACAAGAAAUCUCCCUAUUCUGUUGAAUGGAAAUCUAUCUAUUUUCGCCAGUGGAACCCAAACAUUUGUCACAGCAGAUUUUGGUUUGAGUGUUACGUAUAACGGACGAAGCACAGUGUCUAUCUCUGUACCUACAAAUUACAGAGGAAAACUGUGUGGACUCUGCGGGAACUUCAAUGAGAACCAAAGUGAUGAAUUCCUCAUCCCAAAUGGAUCAAUAGUCACUGAUCCAGAUGAUUUUGGGGCAGCCUGGAAGGUUCCAGGUAACUCCUCCUGCAGUGAUGGUUGUGGAUCCUCCUGCCCACAGUGCAACAAUGAUGGCCCUGCCAGAGCUCAGUGUGAGGUGAUUCAGGCAUCCGACGGGCCUUUGAGCUUCUGCCAUGAGGAAGUGGAUCCAGCACCAUAUUUCAAUGACUGCGUGUUUGAUGUUUGCGUGUCGGGAAAUGGGGGCCACGAUCUUCUUUGUAGGGCCAUUGAAGCAUACGUCAGUGCCUGUCAGUCUGCAAAUGUCCGAGUCUACCCUUGGAGACAGAAAACCACCUGCACAAUUGACUGUCCAGAAAACAGUCAUUAUGAGCUGUGCGGAACGGCCUGCGACCACACCUGUGCCAGCAGCACUGAUGCCACCUGUGUGCAUGUUUGCUCAGAGGGAUGUUUCUGUGAUAAGGGCUUGGUCAGGAGCGGGAAGACGUGUGUCCCAGUGGAGAGCUGUGGCUGCCAACAUGAUGGCUUCUACUAUAAUCAUGGUGAGUCCUUCUGGACAGAGGGUUGCUCGCAGAAAUGUGAAUGUCAUGCUCCCAAUGACCUGCGCUGCUCAGCUGCAUCGUGCGGUCCUGCACAGCAAUGCACCAUCAGAGAUGGCCAGCUGGGAUGUCACCUGAACAAUGCCAUGUCCACUUGCACCGUGUGGGGAGACCCUCACUACAUCACCUUCGAUGGAGCCCUGGCACAUUUCCAGGGCACAUGCUCUUACGUCAUUACUGAGAGCGUAAGCCACAGCAGCAAUGAACCCCAGUUUACGGUAGUGGCCACCAAUAAUCACCGUGGCAACAACCGUGUGUCGUUUGUGUCUGCGGUGGAUAUUUACCUCUCAAACCAGCCAGAGAGUGUACAUGUCCAGCUUGGACCCAACAAAAGAGUGAAGGUAAAUGGAGCUGAGGUGUCUCUUCCCACCGCCGCAGGGACUUUAGCUCAGGUGCUCAGGCGGGGCAGCAACAUAGUGCUUGAUGCAGGUGACUUCAGUGUCCAGUUUGAUGGCCAAAGUACUUUACUGGUCAGAAUGGACCAACACCAUCAGAACAGAGUCACCGGGAUGUGUGGGAACUUCAACAGUGAUGCCACAGAUGACAAAGUGUUACCAAAUGGCACACUAGCACUAAAUGACAAUGAAUUUGGUCACGGCUGGAAGUCCUCCACAAGCCAAACAGGGUGUGGAUCCACAGAUGAAGAUAUCGAUGGACUGAAUGACUGUCCCUGUUUAGAAGAAUACUCUGAACUCUGCAGCGUCAUCACCAACACCAGUGGUCCAUUCAGUGAUUGUCACCCAGACUCUGACCCUCAGCCAUUUUUCACUUCCUGUGUCUAUGAUCUCUGUCUCUACACUCAAGCUAAUGGGAUGCUUUGCUCUGCUGUCUCGGCCUACGAGAGCACCUGCUCUGCUUUGGGGUUCAACAUCCCCGAGUGGCGCCCUGCUUUACAGUGUGCGGAGUCAGACCCCUGUGAACAGCUGGACUGCACAGAGGAUGAGUGGUGUGGGCAGAAAGAUGGUGUGUACGGCUGCUUCUGUGAUGGACACCAGAAUCAGCACAACAGUGAAAGCUAUGACUCAUCCAUCUCUUGUGAGAGCAGUGCAGGCAACAUGUCCCUCUCUCGCUGCCAGCUGUUUGAAGCAGGCUUUCAAUCCGAUGUCCUUCAUCUCCGAGACGACUCCUGCAAAGGGACCAUUCAGGACGGACGAGUGGUGUUCCACUUUGACAACGAUGAAAACCUGUGUGGGACGGUUCUCACGAGCAAUGGAACCCAUUUCAUCUAUGAGAACACCAUCAAGGGUGACGUGGACCAUUAUGGAGGCGUAAUCAGUCGUCAGAGAAGCAUCCAACUCCUUUUCCGCUGUGAAUACAUUCUGAGCCAGGCCUUGUCUAUGGAUGUGGCAAUCAGCCCUGUGGAGAGUCUAUUGAAGAAGAAGCUUCCAGUUGGCAAUGGUGUAUAUCAUAUGAGAAUGAUCCCCUUCACGGACUCAAGCUUCCUUACACCUUACCAAAGUAACAGCAACAUAGCAGUAAAAGUGGAUGAUAGGAUUUACGUGGCAGUGCGAACAGAUGGAGUGGAUGGACGGCAACUCUCCACCCUUCUCGACUCAUGCUGGGCCACGCCAGUCAACGAUCCAAACUUCCAUGUCCGCUGGGAUCUCAUUAUUGCAGAGUGUCCUAAUCCAGAAGAUCGUACAGUACAGCUGUUACAGAAUGGCAACUCCACCGAGGCCCAUUUCUCCUUCAAUAUGUUCAACUUUAAGAACUAUUCAUCCAUUUACAUUCAUUGUGACGUCCAUUUGACUCUUACGAGAGAAACUGACGACUGCACAGCUCACUGCAAGCCGGGUCACCACAGACACAAGAGGGAUGUAUCACAUCAUGACUCUUCAGGCAUCUCAGUUGGGCCACUUAUCUCACAGACCGAUCCCUCUGAUGCCGGAGUCCAGAGUAGCGGCGCUUCACGCCAGCUGACUUCCAUCAUCGUCCUGACUGUGAUCUUUCUUACUGCCAAAAUUCUCGUCCAGUAAGACGGAAGAGGAAUUGAAGUUCAGAUUCUUUCAACAUUUAUCUAGUUUUUGAUGUUUUGAGGGCUUUCACUUUGGGCGUUAUGUGUGGCCAGGUAUGGGUUGCUCCACACCUAGGUGUGUGUUAAUGCUGCUGUCUUCUCCCCCUCUCCUUCCUCUUGGUUCCCUCGUCCACAGGCUGGCAGUCAGUUAGCAAUCAGGAGGUUGGGUUUUGGCCGGGAUCUCCAUCUCCUUUUGGUUCAUUACUUUUGGGUUCACCUUUUUCCUUGUUUAUUUUCUCCCCAGCAAUUUAAAAACAAAAAAAUAAAUAAAAUUUGUUUUCAACCCUUGAAA